UUUACCUUUACCGCGAGCAUUAUUUUUGUGUAAUUUGAUAAUCUUAAAAAUUUCAUCUCUUUUUAUCUGAAUUUUCAAGUUUAUAGCUUAUAUGCAUGUGUAGUCUGUGUUCGCAUAAAGAACGGUCAGUUUUAAUACAAAUUUAGACUUUAUUUUUGUGGUAUCGUGUUAAUAUAUGGACGCUCAAAACCGGCGAAGUGAACAUCAACAUUAAAAGAACAAUGAAAGCGAUCAAAUUUCUAGCAUUAACCGUCAGUCUAUGUCAGUAUUUGUCCUGUGAUGGAACCGUUAAUGCUCAAGCAAACAACGAUGACGAAUUCAUCAAUCCAAACUGGAUAAAGCCAGAUCCGUGGUCCCGCCACGAUCGUGAAAUGCGAAAGAAACAAACCGCUAGAGCGGAGGAAUGUCAGUGCCCUCCGGUGCCACAGUGUGACCCAAUCGAAAAGAGUCUUCUGACUACUGCAAAAGUUGAAACAAUCGAUAAACCGGACGAUAACAAUCGUUUGGCAAUGGUGUUCUAUAAAAAGUUCGUUACGCGGCUCUUUGACGAUUCACAAUUGAUGCCAGAUGACGCGUCAGCCUAUCUGCUGCGGAACGUACAGUUCAAAGUAACGCGUAAGCAGGUGCAAGAUCUAAAGCAAGCCACAACAGCCCGAGAUAUAGACGGAAUUGUGGCCGCUAUAGUGGAACAAUCCAAAGGAAGCGGAUAUCGACCGGUCAUGGAAUCUUUCUGCUGGAAUAUAUCGCUAUUUUUUUCGAGACUAAGUGAGAAUGUAUAUUUGUUAUAUUUUCUACUUCCGACGGUCUGCCUACCGGCAGCCUACAUUUUGGUAAAAAUUCUCUCCCGAAUCAUGCACAUACAUCCGGCAAUCAUCGUAUUCCUGUUGUUUACUACAAUCAGUUUUUUUAUUACAUUUGAUGAAUGCAAUCGGAAGUUGGAAUUGGAAUCACUGGCCAAAUUGAUGCAUCAUGACACCACGAACCCUUGCGACACGCAACAUAAAGCUAACCGAGGAGUGACCGAUUGGUUGACUGGACUGUUCGGCCAAAGUGACGAAGCGAAAUGUAUGGAGCAUCUUCGUAAAACGUUGGGAGCUUCUAGGAAGAUUUGUGAUCCUUCACAAGUGUUUAUGGUAAUGGUGGCAAAGAUUCAGCUCAGCUAUUUUGAGACGUUUUUCGUAAAGAUAAUCGAAAUCUUCAAAACUAGUACGGCUUCAUCGGGCUUCGUGGAAAGUUUUCUAAUCAAGAUACUUCUCAUAUUGCUCGUGUACGUUUUAGUUAAAACUGUAUUGAAAUACGGAAUCUCUGGAUCGUUUAAUUUCUUGGGAAACAUGUUGACGGGUUCACACAGUAAUGGAGCUGUUCCGCAGAAUGCUCUACCCGGCGGUCAAACAACGCAACAGGCCAUCCCGGGAGCAAUGCCAGCUUCGUUCAAUUUCAAAAUCAACAUUGAUCAUGGAAGGAAAAAAAUCACGCGUCCUGAUAUCAACAGAAUCGAGGAAAUUGCAGAUAACGGUAAACCGAAACCCCUGGCUGUUGCGCAGAGUUCCAAAGAAUCACCGAAAAAAUUCGAAGACGGUUCCGGUGAUGCAUCAGUACCCGAUGAGAUCAGCGAUUCCGGGUCGGACAACGAAUCCAUCCAUGUCGAGUGUCAUUUGCCGGAAUUCGAUGGCAACAGGAGAACCCAUGUGAUUGAAAGAAGUUCAACCGGAAACGCUAAUUUUGCUAUCUAGUUUAUGUCAAGCCCUGUUUCCACUGAAUGUCACUGUUUAUUAAUAAAUUAAGAUAAUUUGAUGAGUAAUAA